CAGGUAGGCCUACGUUUGCUUGAUGAAUAUUGGCACUGACACUGACAGUGGCUCAUGCCACUAAAAUCGUCGUAAAACUGAUAACUGAUUUCGGUGGGAGUGCACAUCUACACUUUGUACUCUCAGGCACCAGCAACCUGAUGAACAGUGCAUACACGUCUGAAUGGCACAAGCGACUAUCUCUCCUCGGGGGCUGAUCGUUCUUUCACUGAUUGUCCUGGGGCUGAUCAUUUUCUACAGGAUUUAUUCGGAACCAGACCUGCCUGCCGACGAUAUCAUCAAGGAGGAGCAAUUUAUUCACCUGCUUCAGAAAGAAUCAUUAGGACUCCUAGGCAUGUCUGACUGGGAAGAGAUCAAGAAAGAAGCCCUGGCCAGCAAGGUGUUAAAGGUCACAGAUGGCAAGAUUGAUGUGGGAGGAAAGGGUGCAGUCUACAGACGAGAGGUUGUUGACACCACACGGGAUAUGCCCAAGGGAGUGUUCCUGCUGCUUCAUGGCAUGAAAUUCAAGUCGCAGACCUGGCUGGACCUGGGAACACUUCACGUCAUGGCCAGCUAUGGGUACAGGGUGGUAGCUGUGGAUUUGCCGGGAUACGGAAACACAGAAAAAAUUGAGGGUGUGGACCACACCGCUUUUAUGACAGAGUUACUAAAGAGCAUCAACAUCAAGGAGCCCGCUGGGGUGAUCAUCGUCAGCCCCUCCAUGAGUGGGUCCUAUGCGCUGCCGUUUCUGAUGGCGCACCAGGAAAAGUUUGCCGGAUAUGUGCCUGUGGCCCCCGUCAACACCGAGAAGUACACAAAGGAACUGUACCAGAAAAUACAGGUACCGACGUGUAUCAUUUACGGAGACAAAGAUACAAUGUUAGGUGAGGUCUCGCUCAAGAAUCUCCGUAACCUCCCAACGGCCGAGAUCCACGAAAUCAAGGAAGCCGGCCACGCCUGCUAUCUGGACCAGCCGCUGGUCUUCCACAAGCACUUGCAUGCAUUUGCCAAGCAGGUCUUUGAGCAGAAAUGAAGGUGAUGGGGUUUUUUUUUAGAGGAAAGAGGUAACAUUGGUUUUAGUUGGGUCAGGAGUCUGAGAUGUCAGGAGGGGUAAUUUAGGAGCUCUUUUAUUUUCAGUGUGCAAAGUUUGUGAUCUGAAACUAAAAUAAAAGAAAAUAGAAUUAUGUAAGAUUUGAAACUUUGCAUGCCUGGUGGUGGUAUGAACUAGUGAAGGUUUGUGGUAACACAUGAAGAUAUGUGGUUCUGAAAAGAACCGAUGGAUUGUAAAACACGACACUCCGAUCCGUAUGCUCUGAUUGUCUUCAGGAGAUGGCCGGACUGGUGGAUAAGGCUGUUAUUUAAGGAGCUGGAUGAUCGUUGAUGUGUGUAGUGAUGGUGAAGAGUGAUCACUGGGGCGUUGAGAUGAGGAUGCUGGAGGCUAGUCACUGAGGCGUAGCGGUGAUCUCUGGCCAUCAGUCUUGCCGUCUCCUGAAGACUAUCAGAGCAUACUGAUUGGAACGUCGAGUUUUAAAACCCACAAGUUCUUUUCAGAACCACACAUCUUCCCAAAAGAAAAUUAUGAUUAUGGUACUUUUUUGUUGUUGUUUAAAUGUUUAUUUUUUAAAUAGCAAAAGUGCUUAUUUUCAUAACUUCAUCCCCUCUAAAGGCCUUUUCACACUAUGAAUGUCUGAUCUGUGUCGAAAUGUACACGGUUCCAACCCGUGUCGACUUCUAAAAAUUUCAACACGGUUCAAUUUCGCUUCGUUUUCACACUACUCAUUGCAAACGCGGCGUUUUUGCCACACGUGUAAUGUUUCGACCCGUGUAUUGCGCGAUUGUUUCACACUACACACGGCCGUCCGCCCUACACGUGUUUUAUAUCUCCAUGGAUGGUCAGCCCAACCACGGACCUGCACUUCAUGUCAGUCUUUUUUUUCUGAUUUCGGGCCCAUUUUACGUCAGAGGAUAAAUAUUCUGUGACUUGAAUUUCUAGCACCAUAAAAAGUAUAUGCGAAGAACGCACGAAAAACCAAGCGUGAUCGGCUGCUUCUACUUUCUAGUGCUUACGAAAAAGCAAGCUCGGUAGGCAGGUGUAGCGUGAAUAUCAGGUAUUCUGCAGACUCAUUAAGGUAUUGCGCAUGUUCAUGCAUAGAUAAUCAGGAGAGGGACCGGUCACGUGAAAAGGUUUAACCAAUCAAAGUGAAAAGGAUUCAGAUUUUCACAAGAGUCCGAUUUUCAUAUCACACCCUUGGUGGCGUGUCAGGGCAGCAGGUUAAAGGUUAUCUGUAUGUUCGUUGCAUGUUAAAAAGUAACAACUACAGCGUGAUGCUGCAUGCAUGCACUCUCGAACUCCGGCCGGUCCGCGUCCGAUGCAUGAGUCGAUAUGCGAUUGUACACGGGUCGAACGUAACCCAGAAGUGUUCACACUACAGCGUGUCCCAAAAAAAUGUCCCUCUGAUAGACUGCUUAAUUAAUUCCAAAAUCAAGUAUUAUUCUCAAUUUAGUGUUCAGAUUUAGAAAGCCCAUUUAAUUUCGUAACUUUUGUGAAAAUUUCAUUGGUCUCGCUUCAUUGGUUUUGAAUAUACAGUCUAUUAUGUAACAGCAGUGCUUUUCAGCCCAUUCCAAGUUUGCAGGUGGAAGGACGUGCAUGGGGGACAAUAAAGGUUUACAAGCUGGACAUUGAAGAACAAACCAUAAGUGGAACACACCCUGUAAAAGCAAACACGACCAGUGGAACUGAACUUUGAUUAGUUUUCAUUUAAAAAGUAAAUGAACUUGACUUUAGUUACUCAAUAACAAAAACAACAACACAGUUGUUGAAUUAAAAGUGAAGCAUGGAAUAAGGUAUGGUAUGUCUGUAGUGUGCAUUUCUUUUUAUCAAACUUGGAAUGGGCCAGAAUGCACUGCUGUUACAUAAAAGCCUGUGUAUUCAAAACCAAUGAAGCGACACCUUUGAAAUUUUCACAGGAACUACAAAAUUAAGUGGGCUUUCUAAAUAUGUAAACUUAAUUGAGUAUAAAACUUGAUUUUAGUAAUUAUUCUGUGGUCUAUGAGAGGGAAAUUUUUUUGUGACACGCUGUAUAGCUUUCAACACGUGUCGGACACGGAUCGAGAAUUCUCAACCCACCUCCCGAGUAGGGUUAAUUUGGACACGGGUCGAGCGCUCUACACGGGUCAGUGCCGUGUUCAAAUGUUGUAGUGUGAAAAGGUUAGUCCAUUUUACAUGUGCGGACCUGUGUACAACACGGAGAUUUUUCGUAGUGUGAAAAGGCCUUAUAACCAGAAGAAAGUUUACAGUGAGGUAAAAUCUCUGAAGAGGAAUCUAUAUUGCUUUUAUGAAAGAAUACAGAGUUAUGAACGUUUGUUAUACAUGUAGUUACCCUGUCUGAGCUGAACUUAAUCCAAGGCUGCCAACAAUCAUUUGGGCAUUGGAAUUCAUCUGAUCACGGACCAUUAACCACUUCGCGCCGAGGUGAUUUUUGCCGAAAAUUUCGAAUUUUCAAAAGGAAAAAUUUCCCAGCCAACUUUUGAUAUACAGCCGAACGCCACAACUACUGAUUUGCAAGAGUGAUUUCAAUAGUAUUUGUGCAUCGGAUAUUUCUUCCCGAAACCUGAUAUGUAUCUAUUCUCUGGGGUGUGCACUGGAGCAUAAAUUGUACAACAAUAGGCCCUGCACAAUGGCCCACACAACGGUCAGCACAUGGUCCGCCUCCACAGACAACACGGACUUUGUGUGUGUGUACAAAGGCACGAGGGAUUAGCGUGUUGAGAUAUCACCCGGAGGUCAGCCGUGCCUGGGUACAAAAACAGCCAAUGCUAUUAUCACGUCCUCCGGCGCGAACUGGUUAAAUGGUCAUUUUUUCAAGUGUUCAUUUACAGUUGCAAGCUGUAUAAUGUACAGCCAUUUGAAUAACCUACUUUUCGAAUAUUCUUCUCCUUAUGCAACUUAUUUCUUACUGGUAUGAUGCUAUCAAAUUUCUAUUUCUGUAUGAAAGUGUUCAGUCAUACUUUUUUUUUAAAUUGAAAUCUUGUUUAUAAUGGACCUGAGACCUAAUGAAGUAAUGCUUUGUUUACAUAUGCGCUUUUCUAUGGGAGUGAAGUCUGGACACCAGACAAAGUAGGGACCGUCUACCACAUAGGAAAGCGCACAUGUAAACAAAGUGUGACGUCAUUAGGUCUCAGGCCUAUUGAAUUGUUUCCUAAUCAUAAUUAAGAGAAUGCCUGUUGAACAAAAGUACACAUAGUACACCUCAGUUAUGUCGGCAAUGCAAACGAUCAAUUUUUUUUUUCAUUUUACUUCCCGAAGCAUGUAAGUAUGCGUAACAAUUUUUGCUUAAUAUAUGUUUAUAUUUUCCCUGCACAAAGUGCUAUGGGAAAUGUUUCCUGACAAUGUUGGCGAUUCUUUAAAAUAAUGCAUGUGUAACUCUUUAAAAAGAGCUAAGUUUUAGUCUAUAGGCAAGUAUUCUGCUGCAUUGCAAUGUUAUAUUUGUCAAAUUUUAAUUUAAAAUUGAAAGAUUGAUAUUUUAUUGCAUUUGGAAAUUGAAGUGGAAAGCUAUGUCACUCUCAGCUUUAUUUCAUUUAUUUCAAAAAUGUAGAUAAAAAGACGGUGUAAAUUUUGUUCCAUUUAAACCUUUUAUUUUCAUUCUUUAAAAAAUUGAUGUUUAGUUUUACUAUCAUUGAUUUCUUUUUGACAAUAAAGUCAGAUCUAAAUAUUCUAUUUUACAGAAAACUGUA